AUGAGUAAAUCUUCAGAAUGUUUCAACGUGUACUUAAAAACUAUUUUAGAGUCUUUAGUUUUUUCUAUUAAUCACAAUAAAAACAAUUGGUUUGUUUUGAACAAACAAAAACUUCAAGACAUUGUUGAAGCUGGAAUAGAUAUUUUAAAAUUCGAUACUAGAAAGUUCACUAGCGUGCCUUUUUUUUUUCAAGAUUACCAAGAUGAUUCCGACGUCAUUAAAAAUUUAAAAUAUCAUUAA